AUGAGUUUUUCUGGAACGGAGGGCGUGAACCUGAGCAGACUUACGACGACAGAGUUAAAGGAAAGGUUGCGGUUCAUAAAUCUACCAACAGCAGGAACUAAAGCGGAGCUUAUUAACCGUUUAACCGAAGCAGGUCCUUCUGGAUUCAUGUCAGAGGAAUUAAUAAAACAGUUGCAGGAACCACAAUUCGAGGCUAUCGCGGUACCGCCCGAUGGGCCGAAGAGCGCGAUUGAGGCUUCCCUGCUUCGAAAACAUCUGGAGCUGGUGGAAAAGGAAAAGGAGCUCGUCCAACGCGAUUUGAUGCUGGCACGCCGAGAGAUCGAGAUGCUGAAGCAAAUGCAGGAAUUAAACAUUACGGAAGAACCAGGGACGAGGCUACAGACCGAACCUGGUACAUCAAAUACGGUGAGUGUACCGCAUGGUCAAAAGAUAAAACAAAUUGCAGAAUUAUUGAGCUCAUACGACGGAGAACCUUCGCGUUACGAUAUUUGGGAAAGACAGCUAAACCUACUGCGAGAUACAUACCAUCUGAGUGAAGAUAGUGCUAGGAUCCUUAUCGGAAUGAAAUUAAAGGGGAAAGCUCUUGAAUGGCUACAUUCUAAGCCAGAACAUAUCACAAUGUCCGUGCAGGGACUUUUGUCUGAUCUUAGAAGCAUGUUCAGACAUGAGCCCAAUAUCCUGGCGUUGCGGAAGCAGUUCGAAGAGAGGACGUGGAAGAGAGGAGAAACGUUCCACAAUUAUGUACAUGAGAAAAUAAUUGUGGCGAAUCGAGUGCCAAUUCCUGAAAGGGAAAUCGUGGCGUACCUCAUUCAGGGAAUCCCGGAUUCGCAGCUUCGCGACCAAGCGCGAAUGUUGCGAUUUAGAACCAAAGAAGCACUGCUCGAAGCAUUCGAAGACAUAACGCUCCGAGAAGGAGGAAAACGAGGCGAAGGAGCGUCAGAGGCAAGGGUAAGAAACCGAGACAACGCGUCUCAAGAAAGAAGAACGGAGAGCAGAGGUUACGUUCAACGGACGCGUGAAGGGAACUUGCGGCGCUGCCACAAUUGCGGAGAAGCAGGUCACUUGGGCUACGAUUGUCCUACGAGGGGAAGCGGUCCCAAAUGCUUCAAAUGCAACAAACGUGGACAUGUUGCGGCAAGAUGUACUGAGGAGCUGGCACAACCAGGAGCAUCAUGCGCCCUCGUGCAAUCAGCACCAAGGAAAUAUAUUAAAGAGGUAACGUUAAACAGAACAAAAUUCGAAGCGUUGAUCGACACCGGGAGUGACAUUUCGUUCAUACGGGAUGAUCAAUAUAGGAAGCUGGGCUCUCCGCGUUUGAGCUCGCCGAAAUUAGCGUUUCGCGGAUCAGGAUCCGAAGUUCACGAGACAAACGGUGCAUUUGAAGGGGAAUUGCAGAUAGACAAUAAUAACUAUUCCGCGCAAAUCCACGUAGUACCGGGUAGAAUUAUCAGAGACGAGUUGUUGCUAGGCACGAACUUCUUAAGCAAGGUGGAAAUGCAUGUCGCGCAAGGGGAGAUUUCCAUUCGACCACUGUCCGUGAAAAAUGAUGAUCGCAUUCCCGAAGUAUUUAAAAUAGACAUUUUCGAAGACGAGGAUAUGGUUACCGCAAAUGUACCAGACGCUUAUCGGGAAGACAUCCGCCAAAUAGUUUCAGAAUACAAGCCGGGAAAAGUUAGGGAAACGCCCAUUAAAAUGGCCAUUGUAACGAAAGACGACGAACCGGUCUAUGAGCGAGCGAGGCGGUUGGCGCCCUUAGAAAGAGAUAUCGUCAAUAAGCAGAUUCAGGAAUGGGUGGAAAAUGGCAUCGUUAGACCAUCGUUAUCGGAGUAUGCAAGUCCCAUCCGACGCGAUCACGAAACGAUCGAGGAGUUCGGAUACAGGGUACAUGGAAUUUUAGAUCGCGGGAUUCAGGCGGCGCGCGAAGGUUUCAAACCGGAGGAAUUCAUAGGGGUUGUUCAAACCGAUCAACGGUUCUCCCGUGAUAAAGCACCGAGCCGACCUGCGACGGGAGCGAGCGGACUGAUCAGUCCUGUUCUGUGCGUUAUUCCAAACGGGGCUCAAACUCAGCUACCUGUUAGCUCCUGCUGUUCUGCAGCCUUCUUUUUGGCCUAA